UGUCGCCUCAUUGUACAGCUGUGCGCGUGUAGCUGCUCUCGAGCCUGACUAUGUUCAGAAAAGAAUCCCUCUAUAUAUAGACUCCUUAUCGUGAAACAAACAGAGCGCAGCUGCAGUCCUACCCAAGCAUGUAAACGAACAGAGGAGGGAGUUUGCUUUCAUUUUCUUUCCAGAAGCUAGAGGCAAGGAAGUGAUUUGAAGUGCCCAGCACAAGCUCAGCAGCGCUGGAGGGUUGGGGCUGGUUUUUUUACGUUUGUAACGGGCAUCUGAUGGAGUUUUCUGAGCACAUCAAGACCGCCAACGUGGAGGAUGUUGUGCUCCGACAGCCGCUGUACCCGCCGAGCAGAGGCACCCUGUGCAUCACCUGCCACCACCUGCUCUUCUCGGACAGGGAGGAGGGCAGCUCUCGGCAGGUUUUACUGCUCCUCAGAAACAUCGAUGCCAUUGAGAAAAGUGUGGAAAACCUUUUGGCCUAUUCGGGCCUCUUCUCUAACGCAAGCCAAAGUGAAAGGAUAUCUGGAUCUUCAGGAACCAUUACCAUUAAGUGUAAAGAUCUGCGUGUGCUCCAGCUUGACAUCCCAGGCAUGGAGCAGUGUCUCAACAUUGCACACUCUAUUGAGACCCUGUCCUGUCUGGACAAUGUGUCGGAGAUGUAUCCUUUUUUUUACAGACCGUCUGAUGUCAGUCUGCAGAACCAGUGGGGUCUCUCAUCUCCUGAAAAGCACUACAGUCAAAUGAAGGAACUCCAUGACAGAUGGCGACUGAGUACUGUGAACAGAGACUACUCGGUUUGUUUGUCUUACCCUCCAGCUGUCAUCGUCCCUAAGAACAUAGAUGAUGACAUGCUAAAGAAGGUGGCCAAAUUCAGACAGGGAGGACGCUUCCCUGUCCUCUGCUACUAUCACAGGAAGAAUGGCAUGGUAAUCAUCCGUAGCAGUCAGCCGCUGACAGGAGCCAAUAGGAAGCGCUGCAGCGAAGACGAACACCUCCUCCAGGCUGUGAUUGACGGCUCAGACAAAGGUUACAUUAUUGACACACGCUCCAGUCAGCAGGCACAGCAGGCGCGGAUGGCAGGCGGAGGGUUUGAGUCCAAAUCGUUCUAUAGUCACUGGAAGAGACUGCACAGACAGAUGGAAAGGGGCAAAGCACUGCAGGAGAGUUUAACUAAACUGGUGGAGGCCUGUGGUGACAAGUCCCACAAUAUGGACCGCUGGCUCAGUAAGCUGGAGAAUUCAAAGUGGUUGUCUCACGUCCAGACUGCUCUGUCAACUGCUGGCCUGUUGGCAGAGUGUGUGGAGAGGGACGGUCAUUCGGUUCUGGUUCAUGGCUCUGAAGGAAGAGACAGCACUUUGCUCGUCAGCACUCUGGCUCAGCUCAUCAUGGACCCACGCUGCCGCUCAAUGGAGGGCUUCCUGGCUCUGCUGGAGAGGGAGUGGGUACAGGCAGGACACCCUUUCCGGCAGCGCUGCGCCCACUCAGCCUACUCCCACGCCCGUCUCCAGCAGGAGUCCCCGGUCUUCCUGCUGCUGCUGGACUGUGUGUGGCAGCUGUGGCAUCAGUUCCCCCUGGCACUGGGCUUCUCAGAGGCGCUGCUCCUGAGGCUGGCAACAGAGGCUUACGCCUCCAACUAUGGCACCUUCCUGUGUAACAGCCAUCAGGAGAGGUGUGCUUUAGCAGUGAUGGAAAACACUCACUGUUUGUUCCAGGCCCUGUUGAGGCCCAGGGAGAGAGAUUAUUACUCUAACCCCCUGUAUGAGCCCACUGAGCUUGCAAUCUGGCCCUCAGUCCACCCUCAGUCCCUGCAGCUUUGGACAGGCUUUUUUCUGAGGUGGACCCCACAGGCUCAUCACCUUGAAGAGGCUCAGGAGGAAAUAAGGAACAUGGUCAUUGAAUGGGGGAAGCUGACACUCAGCUGAUGCCCUUUCAGUAUGUGAACAAAUGAAGAUGCUAUUGGUCUCGAACAGUUUCCAAUGUGAAAUUCUCUUUGACACUGGAGUUGUUAUUUAUGAAGUCUUGACAGUCUGCUGCAUUUCAAUGUACAGUCAUUUUUACUCUUUCAUAAAAUUGUAAAGAAGCUUUGCUGUUAAUGUAAUAUGAAGCUGUUUAAAUCACUGUAUUUUCAUACCGUAUUUUAGUAUGCUGCCUGAUGAGUCUUUUUCCAUUUUUUUGCAUUUUUUUUUUUUUGUUUUUACGAUCUGCUUGUUUUAGCCAGGUGUGAAGCACUUUGUAAUGUGGUUUUAGAAAAGUGCCCUAUGAAUAAAGAUUAUUAUAAUUUCAA